AUGGCUUCAGGCAACAUUGCUGUGCUUAAUGCUCUUGACACUGCACGAACCCAAUGGUACCAUAUCACGGCCAUUGUGAUUGCCGGGAUGGGCUUCUUCACUGAUGCUUACGAUCUCUUCUGUAUUUCCACUGUCUCCAAACUCUUGGGUCGCCUUUAUUAUUACAAUCCAGCAACAAAUAAGCCUGGCAAGCUUCCUCAUACAAUUAACAAUUUUGUUGUCGGUGUUGCCCUUGUUGGUACAAUAACCGGUCAACUAGUCUUCGGUUGGCUCGGCGACAAGUUAGGACGGAAAAAAGUUUAUGGUGUCACUUUAAUACUUAUGGUCAUUUGUGCCAUUUGCUCUGGCCUUUCUUUUGGCUACAGUGCUAAAUCUGUGAUAACCACACUUUGCUUCUUUAGGUUCUGGCUCGGAUUUGGCAUUGGGGGAGAUUAUCCGCUCUCGGCAACGAUCAUGUCUGAAUAUGCUAACAAGAAAACACGUGGGGCGUUCAUCGCUGCAGUGUUUGCCAUGCAAGGUGUUGGUAUCAUCUUUGCCGGGCUAGUGUCUAUGGCACUUUCUAGUAUCUUCCUUAGCAACUAUGAAGGACCAAACUUCCAAACGAAUCAUGUUCUUUCUACAGAACCAGAAGCAGAUUAUGUGUGGCGAAUCGUGUUAAUGCUCGGAGCACUUCCAGCACUUUUGACUUAUUAUUGGAGGAUGAAGAUGCCUGAAACAGGACGUUACACAGCAAUUAUAGAAGGGAAUGCCAGACAAGCCGCGAUUGACAUGGGUCGUGUUCUUGAUAUCGAAAUUCAAGAAGAUCAUGACAAGUUAUCACAGUUCAAAGCUUCCAACAACUACCCAUUAAUCUCAAGAGAGUUCUUUCAACGCCAUGGACUUCACCUGAUAGGUACCAUGAGUACAUGGUUCUUGUUAGACAUAGCUUUCUAUAGCCAAAACCUCACUCAAAAGGACAUAUUUCCAACUAUGGGCCUCACUAACAAAGAUGUUAAUGUGAGUGCUCUCAGAGAAAUGUUCGAGACAUCAAGAGCAAUGUUUGUGGUUGCCUUGCUUGGCACAUUCCCUGGCUAUUGGUUCACAGUCUAUUUCAUCGAAAGCAUGGGUCGAUUUUACAUUCAACUAAUCGGGUUCUUCAUGAUGUCCGUCUUCAUGCUUAUUAUGGGUAUCAAAUAUGAUUACCUUAAAAAUGAAGAGCACAAAUGGAUUUUUGCAGCUUUGUAUGGAUUGACAUUCUUCUUUGCAAAUUUUGGUCCAAACAGCACAACAUUUGUUCUUCCAGCUGAGCUUUUUCCCACUCGUUUGAGAUCCACGUGCCAUGCAUUGAGCGCCGCUUCUGGGAAGGCUGGCGCGAUGAUUGGGGCGUUUGUCGUGCAAAGCUACACAUUGGAUGGCGAUAUUAAAAAAAUAAAGCAUACGAUGAUAUUUUUGGCAUUCACAAACAUGCUAGGGUUCUGUUGUACGUUCUUAGUGACGGAGACAAAAGGGCGAUCAUUAGAGGAAAUUUCAGGCGAGGAUGGUGGUCAGAAUGAGACGCAGAUGACCAAUAAACAACGGGUGACUCUCCCAGAGGCCUCAUGGGAGGGAUAG